CGGACAUAAGUUGCUCUGAAGAAGGCCUCAGUGUAGAAGUCUUCCCACUCCAGAAAUAGAAAAGAAGGCACUUUCUCUUCAAUAAGAAGAUUUAAGACAAAGGUCAAGGGGAAAGAAGGGUAUAUCAUAUUUCUUCUGAAUCCAACUUUUACCCAUAAUGACUGAUACAGGUAGACAAGAGAAGAGUGAAGCGUUUGUAAUGGAAAACAUGGAUGGGAAAAAGGAAGAUGAACCAGCCGAGGAAAGUCCUCUUAAGAUUGAAAGUAUUAAUGUGGCCUCCGCGAUUGAAGCUAAAGAAAGAGACGCAGCUUCUAGAUCUGGUAAAGAAGGCAGAGUUAAAGGGUUUCGGUCCUGGUUGGCUAAACCGAGGGUGAUGUGGUGGAUAGCUGUCAUGGUGGCCAUUCUACUGAUCAUCGUCGUUCUGAUCAUCACACUUCUGGCGAUGAAAGACUCGUCAGAAACGUAUCGGGACGUCACCCCCCGUCUGUUGAUGGUUCAUCCACGACCAAAAGGACCCUAUCAGUUGAUCCAAUUUCGACACGGAAGCCUCCCCCACGAAGGAGCUGAUUGGCCCACCCUUGUCAAUGAACUGAGUAAUUUAAUGUCUAACUACCACUCAAAACUCAAUAUCGACCGAAAUAGAACGGAGUGCUUUGGACAACUGCCCCCAGAUGGCUACACGUGCUAUUUCGAUACCAGCCAGAUAUCACCGGAUUGCCGAACAAGUAACUUUUUUGGCUAUCAAGAUGGGAGUCCAUGCAUUUUUCUCCAGUUUCCAAAUAUCACAGGCUGGAAACCCCAAACUUACAGUACCAGAGAUCUAGAAUUGGGUAACUACUUACCGAAGGAGCUUCGUCACGGAUACAACCCCGCCUUCGCUUUCAUUGACUGCCAGGGUGACACCGAUAUCGAUAAGGAAAACAUGGGCCCGAUUCUCUUCAUGCCAGAGCAAGGUUUCCCCGUCAAUUUUUUCCCCUACACGAGUCACCCUGGUUAUAUGCCACCCCUAGUGGUCAUACGAUUUCGACAACCGAAAGUAGGCGUGGCAAUUAGCAUUACGUGUAAACUUUGGGCUAAAAAUGUCAGUCACCAAUAUGACGCCGUCCUCAGCGGUGUUACACGUUUGACUCUUCUGAUCGAUUAGUUGUGCCCCAUAAGAAGUUCGUUUGUUGUGGCAUUACUUUCUUCUGGCCAAACACUUUUUGAUACCAUAGAAAGAGAGCAAUUAGAAAGAAGAACAGUUUGGACUAAUGAUGCAUGUAGAUUUUUGUUGUUGUUAUUUUCAAAAUUUUACAGGGAAUCGUUAUAUCGUCUUUAAUAAGAAAGUGAAUAGGAAGCAGAGACUACCGAACCAAAGCGUAAGAAGAAGAGCCACGAAAUCCCUCUUUAAAUCUAAGAUUAAAAUGAGUGCGUUAUAAGUAUAACAAUAAUUAAUGAAUGCGAUCCCCCAUUCCUUAAUAUUAUCUAUUUCUGUUUUUACUUGUCCUCUAAUUACUUUGUGAUCAACGGAAUAAAUUAAUGUUUAAUACUAAAAGAGAGAAAAAAAAAUGUACGAGAUCAACAGGGUAUGUUUCUUGAACAAAACUAUUAUCAUCCUGUUCAUGAAAAUGUUAACUUUUGUUAAAAGAAGACGGAACUACUUUCAGUCUUAGUACAUUUAUCCAGUUUUAAAAACGGAGCGAAUAAGUUUGUUCUGAUUCUUCUGGAACAUGUUACGUUAGUUAUCAUUUUGUUUAAUGAUUUAUCCAACUCUUUCAGUUGUAGUAGGUUAACAUCAGAGGGCGCUUCCAGCGAAACGUUAUUACACGAUGGACUAUCUGCGCUGAUCCAACUGUGACUGUUUUUAACAUUAUAAACCCUCACGCUUACAGCUGAGCCACUGACACGAAGGGGAUGCAGGGCAAAACGUUUCUUUCUGAUUGGUCAACAGAGACAACUUAUCAUGCUCAGAAGCUUUGGACUAUUAGAAACCUAAUCUUUUUUUUAUAGCUUAUUUUUUCCCCUUAUAGGUUUUAUUUUAAACUAAAGCUAUUUCCAUCUCACGUGUUACACUUUGUUAGCAACCAGUAAGAAAUGGUCAUUGUCUGGAUUUAUUGCACUAGGAGAAAAAAAAAGUCCGCAUUAGUUUUCCAUCCUUCUUUAAUUCUAUAAUUACCAAUGAAACCCAAACCCCAGUGUGUGUCAGGCGUGGCCUAGUUAUCAUCAUUCAGGACCCAUGGUUUACAUCCCGUUACCGCAAAAAUUACACUCUGCUCUCUGGAGCCGUGAAUUCGUUAUAAUAGUGAAAUCCUCCUAUUUGAUUUGAGUAACCAAAACAAAUUGGCGGAGGGUGCUGUUAACUAGCAACCGUCCCUCUAGUCUAUCAGCUCAAAAUUAGGACCGGCUAGUGGAGAUGACCUUUUGUGGAGCUUUAUAAAACAAACAACAAACCAUGAUCACUUUAUUUAAUCUAUUUAUACACCAAACGGGUCCAUAACUUUGGACCCCAAUGACACCGUCAAUAUUGCAGUUAACUCCAUAAUUACUGACAAGUUUUUCAUGUGUAUAUUCACAUAUAAAAUGAAUAGUUUCACCCAACCUCAGUUUACUCAACAUCUUGUGAUAUUUGAACCCCACCAUUACUGAUCAACAACAACAACAACAAAAAAAAGGCUGUAAUUUGAUUGUUACUGAAUCCAAAUAUAUUUUCAUACUUUAGUUUUUUGUGCUAAUAAUAUUCUUUACUAGUGCAUCGCCCCCCCCCAGUGGCACAGCGGUAUGUCUGCGGACUUACAACGCUA